AUGACGUACAGCCAAGAAUGCAAAUACGACCAGGUAAUGAAAGUCUUACUGAUCGGGGAUCCCGGGGUGGGGAAAACCCAGAUUGUUAACAAAUUCACACGUGACCAGUUUGAUGAUGACGUCAAGCCCACUGUUGGUGUUGAAUACGUCACAAAGGUGAUUCACGUGAAGGGAAAAGUCGUUUGUUUGCAUAUCUGGGAUUUGGCGGGAAGAGAAAUGUUCAGAAGCAUAACAAACGCUUAUUACCACGGAGCGGUUGGAGCGCUUAUCGUCUAUGACAUCACAAAGGUUCGAACGUUCGAAAACGUUUCCAACUGGUUCGAGAACCUCGCGCGUACGAUGUCAGAAUACGUUGAUUCACCCGUCACAAUGAUGGUUGGUAACAAGGUUGAUCUACGUCAUCAAAGGUCCGUUCCUAUAGAAACAGCGAUGAGGGUUGCCAAGCAACGAAACUCGACGUUUGUUGAAACUUCCGCCCUAACAGGAUGUGACGUAGAGAAAGCUUUCCAACGGUUAGCGGAGAGGAUAAUGGACAAGUUGGAGGAAGCGGAACUUCGACAUAAAGUGACUGUGGGUGGUGGGCUCGAAGUGGGAUCACAAUCGUUGUCCGCGCAACCGUACAAAGAAAUGACUGUGGACACCGUGGUACAGAAACAACCAAAGCCUAAUAAAUUCAAGUUUUCUUCCGUGGUCGAGAAAUGCAGCGAGAACGCGCAAGUUUGCUGUAAAAGUCUGUUUAAUUGUUUCGAAUAA